GGUCUAUGUCAUAGGCAAAGGAAUUCUCUAUGAAAUAACCAACCUAACCUAACAAUCUAAUUAAUCUAACAAUAAAUUAAAGAAAGUCUUUAUUCAAAUCAAAGGUACACUUUCUUUUUAUGAAAAUUUGAAAUACUUUCAAUUAAUUAUUUUACUGCCAUAUGUAUCGUUUCGAAAUGAAAGUGGAGGCAUGUGAUAUUGAUAAAACUUUUGAGUGUUCAGAGUCGGAGAAAGAUUUCAAGACUUAUUUAGAAAAAAAAGAAGAUGUUGAUAUUUCCGAACAAUUCAUAGAUGAUAAAGGAGUUCAUGAUAGGACACUAUACUUGAAAAAUAUUGAUAAAAGUGACUUGAAACAUUCAUCUGAACAUAAUGGUUUUCAAGAUGAUUCUUUGAAGACAGAAGAAUCUCCACAAUUUCAUGCUGAAUCUUAUCAAUCAAACAUAACGGGACAUAAAUGUCAGCUAUGUAAUUAUACUACAAAUCUGAGGGAGAAUCUGAAGGUGCAUAUAAAUUCUGUUCAUUCAAAUUUGAAGCCACAUAAGUGUCCCCUGUGUGAUUAUGCUACUAAUCGUAAAGUGAAUCUCAGACUACAUACAAAUUCUGUUCAUUUAAAAUUGAAGGAGCAUACUUGUCACCUGUGUGAUUUUGCUGCAAAUCAGAAAGGACAUCUCAAACAACAUAUAAUUUCAGUUCAUUCGAAUUUGAAAGAGCAUAAGUGUCACCUGUGUGAUUAUGGUUCGAAUAGAAAACUUCAGCUCAAAAAACAUGUAAAUUCAGUCCAUUUCAACCUGAACGAAUAUCAUUGUCACCUGUGUGGUUAUGCUACAAAUCAUAAAGUACAUCUUGAACAACAUAUGAAUUCUAUUCACAUAAAUUUGAAGGAACACAAGUGUCACCUGUGUGAUUUUGCUACAAAUCGUAAAAUGAUUCUCAAACGACAUGUAGAAUCCGUUCAUUUGAAAUUGAAGCAAAUUAAGUGUCACUUGUGUGAUUAUGCUACAAAUCGGAAAGAUGUUCUCAAACGACAUAUAGAAUCAGUUCAUUUGAAUUUCAAAGAACAUAAGUGUCUCCUGUGUGAUUAUGCUGCAAAUCAGAAAAUGGAGAUCAAGAGACAUUUCGAUUCGGUUCAUUUAAAAUUGAAGAAACAUAAGUGUCAUAUGUGUGAUUAUGCCGCAAAUUCUAAAAAAUGUGUUGAAUGGCAUAAAGAAUCAGUCCAUUUUAAAUUGAGGAAACAUAAAUGUCACCUGUGUGAUUAUGCUGCAAAUCUGAAAAUGAGUCUCGAGAGACAUUUAGUUUCGGUUCAUUUAAAUUUGAAAGAACAUAAGUGUCACCUGUGUGAUUAUGCUGCAAAUCUCAAAAAAAAUCUCAAAGAUCAUAUAGAAUCAGUUCAUUUAAAAUUGAAGGAACAUAAUUGUCUUCAGUGUGAUUUUGCUACAAAUAGGUUUUAUUUUCUCAAACGACAUGUACAAUCAGUUCAUUUGAAAUUGAAGGAACAUAAGUGUCAUCUGUGUGAUUAUGCUGCAAAUCUGAAAAUGAAUCUCAAGAGACAUUUAGUUUCGGUUCAUUUAAAUUUGAAAGAACAUAAGUGUCACCUGUGUGAUUAUGCUGCAAAUUUCAAAAAAAAUCUCAAAGAUCAUAUAGAAUCAGUUCAUUUAAAAUUGAAGGAACAUAAGUGUCAUCUGUGUGAUUAUGCUGCAAAUCAGAAAGUGCAUCUCGAAAAACAUUUGAAUUCAGUUCAUUUGAAUUUGAAGCCACAUAAGUGUCACAUGUGAUUAUGCUGCAAAUCGGAAAAUGUAUCUUCAGCAACAUUUAGAUUUUGUUCAUUUAAAUUCGAAGAAAGAAGUAUCACCUGUGUAAUUAUACUACAAAUCGGAGAGGGAUUCUCAAACCCCAAAUUUAAGAAAUAAGACACUAAUGGCUCAAAGUUUUCCAUUAUAUGCGAGCGUACGUGCAUUCAACACUAUACCAGAAAAUAUAGUUGCUACUGAUAGUACUAAAACAAAAAUUCAUCCCAAGCUCAAACAAUACAUGGAAACUUUGGAAUGAGGAAAACCUACUUGUUUAUUUUGAUAAAUAUUUAAAUUUAUUUUUUUAUAUAUUGUUUACUUGAUGUUUAUGUUAUUUCAUUUUCAAAUGUAAACUAAAUCUUUUAUAUAUUGUCAAUAAAGACCUAUUAUUGUUA